AUGGUAAUGGGGUAUCGUGUGACACCUGACGAGGGGGAGGAGGAGGAAGGGGUGAGGGUGCUGAAGCCGGCUGGGAGUGGUGGCUUGGUACAGCACGAGGAUAAUAGCCGCAAGGUACAGCACGAGGAUAAUAGCCGCAAGGUACAGCACGAGGAUAAUAGUCGCAAGGUACAGCACGAGGAUAAUAGUCGCAAGGUACAGCACGAGGAUAAUAGUCGCAAGGUACAGCACGAGGAUAAUAGCCGCAAGGUACAGCACGAGGAUAAUAGCCGCAAGGUACAGCACGAGGAUAAUAGCCGCAAGGUACAGCACGAGGGUAAUAGCCGCAAGGUACAGCACGAGGAUAAUAGCCGCAAGGUACAGCACGAGGAUAAUAGCCGCAAGGUACAGCACGAGGAUAAUAGCCGCAAGGUACAUCACGAGGAUAAUAGCCGCAAGGUACAUCACGAGGAUAAUAGUCGCAAGGUACAGCACGAGGAUAAUAGCCGCAAGGUACAUCACGAGGAUAAUAGUCGCAAGGUACAGCACGAGGAUAAUAGCCGCAAGGUACAGCACGAGGAUAAUAGCCGCAAGGUACAGCACGAGGAUAAUAGUCGCAAGGUACAGCACGAGGAUAAUAGCCGCAAGGUACAGCACGAGGAUAAUAGCCGCAAGGUACAGCACGAGGAUAAUAGUCGCAAGGUACAGCACGAGGAUAAUAGUCGCAAGGUACAGCACGAGGAUAAUAGUCGCAAGGUACAGCACGAGGAUAAUAGUCGCAAGGUACAGCACGAGGAUAAUAGUCGCAAGGUACAGCACGAGGAUAAUAGCCGCAAGGUACAGCACGAGGAUAAUAGCCGCAAGGUACAGCACGAGGAUAAUAGCCGCAAGGUACAGCACGAGGAUAAUAGUCGCAAAGUACAGCACGAGGAUAAUAGCCGCAAGGUACAGCACGAGGAUAAUAGCCGCAAGGUACAGCACGAGGAUAAUAGCCGCAAGGUACAGCACGAGGAUAAUAGCCGCAAGGUACAGCACGAGGAUAAUAGCCGCAAGGUACAGCACGAGGAUAAUAGCCGCAAGGUACAGCACGAGGAUAAUAGCCGCAAGGUACAGCACGAGGAUAAUAGUCGCAAGGUACAGCACGAGGAUAAUAGCCGCAAGGUACAGCACGAGGAUAAUAGCCGCAAGGUACAGCACGAGGAUAAUAGCCGCAAGGCAAAGAAUGGCACUAGCGCCGCAAGGGCACUGCAAGGAGUGGGCCCGAAGGUCUUAAGAGUCCGAAAAAGGGUUCACGCCAGAAGUCAAAGAGUGGGAGUCUGGUAG